AUGGACAAGGGGCUAGUCAACCUAUUGCCUCGCAAUGGCGUCAUGCGGCCAGCAGAGACCGAUACUGAGUGGAAGCCGACGCACCUCUACGAUGAUCCCGUGCCUGUCAGCAGAGAGUUCAAAGAGGACGAGCAGCGUCGACUAGAUCUCGCCGCGGCAGCCGGAAGCAGCGAAGCAAAGUCUCGAGGACGGGUUCGACCCCGUAAGACGGUGGAUUUCUAUGGCGGGCUCAGUCGGUGGAAGCUGCUGAGAGGAAUGCAAUGUAGCUCGCGCGAUGAGCAAUACAUGCGGCCGAAUCCCAAUUAUACCUGUCAGUUCUUGCCGCCUCAUGCAACACCUGCGAACGCGGCCCAGUCGAUUUGCUCACGCUAUGUACAUACGGCCACUAACAAGAUCCGCUCGCCCGUCAACGCACUGAAGUGGACUCCAGAAGGCCGUCGACUGCUCACCGGUAGUACCAGCGGCGAGUUUACGCUGUGGUCCGGUCUGACCUUCAAUUUUGAGACGAUUCUGCAAGCACACGACUCUGCCGUACGCGCUUUCGAAUGGUCUCAUUCGGGCGUAUGGCUUGUCUCUGCAGACCACAAUGGCACAAUCAAGUAUUUUCAGACCAACAUGAACAACCUGCAAGUCUUCCAGGCUCACGAGGAACCGAUAAGAGACGUCACGUUUGCACCCAAUGAUGCCAGAUUUGCGACCGGCUCGGAUGACAAGAAGAUCAAGAUAUGGAACUUUGACGAGAUGAGGGAAGAGCGUAUGCUCGAGGGACAUCUCUGGGACGUGAAAUGCGUCAAAUGGCAUCCCACGAAGGGCUUGCUUGCGUCUGGCUCGAAGGAUCGAUUCGUCAAGUUCUGGGACCCACGAAGCAGUCAAUGCCUGCAGACAUCACACAUGCACAAGAACACAGUCUCCUCUAUGAGCUGGAAUCCAAAUGGCAAUACGCUCGCGACGACUUCCAAGGAUCUGACAGUCAAGAUCUACGACAUCAGAGCGAUGAAGGAGCUACAGACCUUCAAGGGUCACAAGUCUGAAGUCACAGCUGUGGCUUGGCAUCCUGUUCAUCACGAUCUCUUGGCGACAGGCUCAUACGAUGGUAGCAUAAUCCAGUGGACCGUUGACGAUCCUGCGCCGCGUGACUACCUCGAAUAUGCCCACGACCAAUCCGUCUGGGGACUCGCAUACCAUCCUAAUGGACACAUCCUUGCGAGCGCGAGCAAUGACCAUUCGACUCGCUUCUGGAGUCGCAGUCGGCCGGGCACGCCGCACAACUUUGAUCGAUUCCAUGUGGGCGUAGAGAUGGCGAAGGAGAUGGGCUCGAAAGACGAAGAUGAUGAGGACGACUUUGCAUUGCCAGGCCUGCGAGGCAUGCCUGCUAAUAACCAGCGCUUCGGCAAUCGCGGGCCACAGGGACACCAGGGCCAAGGGGGCUACGGUCAGCAAAAUAUACCUGGCUUCGGCAGACAAGGCCCGACGAUAAUCCCGAGCGCGUACCAACAACAGCCUCAGUAUGGUCAGCAGCCUCAAUAUGGCCAGCAGCCUCAGUACGGCCAACAGCAACAGUACGGACAAUCGCAACAGCCGUACGGCCAGCACCAGCAAGCUGUUGUUGAUACAUUAGAGGUCAGAUGCAGCUAUAUGCUCGAAAUAAGGCACUACGAGCCGCCGGAGAGGCGGAAGGAGGAUCUGCAGGGAAGCGAAAGAGCAGCUCGCAAAGCCGCCGACGCCAAUAUUGCCAACUUGACUGCGGCUUUGCGCCGACUCCGGACAGACCACACCCUCGGAGACCCAUAUCACACCCUUGACGAUGAUUAUAGACUUGCUCUGGCUGAUCUGGCUUCAGCAAAUGCGGGAGAAGCGAGUAUAAUUGAGGAUGCUCCUCAGCAAGAGGGGCAAGAUGGAACAGGAAUGCUCGAGCUGUUCAUACCUCCACCGCAUCGUACGCCGAGACCUCACUUGGUGCCAGACAGUCCGAGGAGCGAUGUGCCUCCGGCGCCCAUCCUCGCAUGGCUUGCAUCUCCUUCCAAGCACAACAGUCUGCUGUCGAACGACAAUGAGCAAGGCUUCUGGAUCUUACCCAUCAGCGGUUGUGCAGGUCCUGUCGAUAGCUCGAGCAGGCCCACUUGGGCGCGGUAUUCACGAGACGCGAGCGCAAUCAUGUGGACGCCGCAGCGUCUCACUGUGCUAUGGGAUAUGUUGCGUGUCUUGUGCGAUUCUUGCACGAUAGCGGGCCUGAAAGCCUUUGCCCUCUUUGCGCCUCACCACGAUCCAGACAGCAAAGAGAUGGGCGACUCGAUCCGCGUCUUCUCGACUGCAGAGAACGCGCUGCAAGUAAGGACGAUCCUUGAUGCGCUGACAGAUGAGCCGGAACAAGAUAGAGGGGAUCACUGGCUGCGAGGAAAACGUCUAUUGUGGUGCCUUGCAAAUGGGCGCCCAGUCUUUAUUGCAUGA